AUGGCUGUUGAAGAAGGGAUAGAUGAUUACACUCAAGAUGGCACUGUGGAUCUCAAAGGAAACCCAGUCCGUAGAUCCAAGAGAGGUGGAUGGACUGCUUGCUCCUUUGUUGUCGUGUAUGAAAUCUUUGAACGGAUGGCUUACAGCAGUUUGUCUUCCAAUCUUGUCCUGUAUUUGACGAGGAAGCUUCAUCAAGACAGUGUCAAGUCGGUCAACAAUGUUACCAAUUGGGUUGGCACCACUUUGAUGACCCCAAUCUUGGGUGCCUACGUUGCUGAUGCAUUCCUUGGUCGCUAUUGGACGUUUGUCAUUGCGUCUUUAAUUUAUAUCUCGGGAAUGUCUUUGCUAACAUUAUCAGUGUCAAUACCUGGACUAAAGCCACCACCAUGUCACCAAGCCAAUAUAGAUCAUUGCAAGGAGGCAUCAAAAUUACAGUUAGCAGUUUUUUUUGGUGCACUCUGUACUUUAGCUGUUGGAACCGGCGGCACCAAGCCAAAUAUUUCGACGAUCGGCGCCGAUCAAUUCGAUGAUUUCCAUCCCAAGGAGAAGGCUCAUAAGCUAUCCUUCUUCAAUCGGUGGGUUUUCAGCAUCUUCUUUGGGACACUCUUUGCCAACACAUUUCUUGUAUAUAUUCAGGACAAUCAUGGUUGGACAUUAGGCUAUGGGCUGCCCACACUUGGCCUGGUGAUUUCAGUUCUGAUUUUCCUGGCAGGCACGCCAUUCUAUAGGCACAGGGUGCCCGCAGGGUGUUUCAAAAGGAUGGCUCAGGUCAUAGUAGCUGCCAUAAGGAAAUGGAGCGCGCCUCUUCCUAGUGACAUUAAAGAACUUUAUGAACUUGACCUAGAAGAGUAUGGUAGGAAAGGAAAGUUUCGGAUUGAUUCAACACCAACCCUGAGGUUCCUGAAUAAGGCUGCUGUUAAAACAGGCUCCAUGGCUCCAUGGAUGCUAUGCUCGGUAACCCAAAUAGAGGAAACUAAACAGAUGUUAAGAAUGAUCCCAAUAUUGAUUGCCACUUUUGUGCCAAGCACCGUGAUUGCUCAAAUCAAUACCCUUUUUGUAGAACAAGGCACCACCCUUGAUAGACACAUGGGUAGCUUCGAGAUCCCCCCAGCAAGUUUCGCUGCAUUUGUUACCAUUUCUGUGCUUAUUUGUCUUGUCCUCUAUGAUCGUGUCUUCGUCCCAAUUGUGAAAAAGUGGACAAAAAAUCCUAGAGGCAUCACUUUCCUUCAAAGGAUGGGUAUUGGUCUUGUUAUCCACAUCAUAAUCAUGAUAAUUGCUUCUUUUAUUGAGAGGCACAGACUCAAUGUGGCCAGGGAACAUGGCUUAGUUGAAAAUGGAGGGCAACUUCCGCUAACCAUAUUCAUUUUACUUCCCCAAUUUGUGCUUAUGGGCACAGCUGAUGCAUUUUUAGAGGUGGCUAAGAUUGAGUUCUUCUAUGAUCAGGCACCGGCGAGUAUGAAGAGUCUUGGUACUUCAUAUUCAACUACUAGUCUGGGAAUUGGGAAUUUUAUUAGCAGUUUCCUUCUUUCAACAGUUUCUCAUAUCACUAGCAAGCAUGGUCAUCAAGGAUGGAUCUUGGAUAACCUAAACAAAUCUCAUCUUGACUACUAUUAUGCAUUUUUGGCUAUACUCAACUUCUUGAACUUUAUUUUCUUCUUGGUAGUAGUCAAGUUUUAUGUCUACAAGGCUGAAGUUUCAGAUUCAAUGCAUGUACUUGCAGAACUGGAGGCGAUGAGAUUAAAAUCAUCGAAUCAACAAGAGUCAAAGGAAUAG